ACAGAGCGACGUUAAGCAAGGGACGCAACUGUAAUCCAACGCACAGCACAGCUAUUUCAGAGCGACGUCAGUUCGUCACAAUGCCGAAACAGGUGAAGAAAAACGGGAGGAACAACCAGGUUUCACCAGCAGAUCAGAAAAAGUCAACUAUCACUUUUGUAAACGAUGACAAAUGUUCAAUAAAAAGUGAAGAAAGCAGCCCGAUUUUAGAAAAUGAUGAAAAAACUGUCAUACCUCACAGCGGAAAGAAAAGGACAUAUGAGGAUGAGGAGGCAGGAGGAGACUUUGGCCUUGAAAUGCAAAAGAUGUUGGAGAUGUUUGGAGCUGACAUCUCCAAAACACUAAGCACAAAGAAAAAGCGCCUUGAGCAUUUCACACAGCUGUCUUUGAAGACUACGGGUAAGAAGGUGGAGGAAAUUUUGACAGCCCAGCAAAAUGAGAGAACACGAUUACAAGAGGAAUACUGUAAACAAGCAGAGUCUGUUUUUCAGCAAUGGGAAAAUGACAUUGACAAAAUAAAGGAGCAAGAAGAGAAAUUAACAAAUCUGUUUAAACAACAACAGAAGCUAUUUCAGCAGUCAAGGAUUAUCCAAGGACAGCGUCUCAAGACCAUUCGCCAGUUGAAUGAACAAUUUAUAAAGAGUGUAGAUGAGUUGGACAAAAGCCAUAUCAACCAGCAGAACUCUUUACAGUUAGAGUUGAAGAAGGAAAUGGCACUGCUGCAAAAGAGAAUUCUGAUGGAUAUGCAACAACGUGAAGUUUCCAAUGUGCGGAAAUCUCUCCAAACAAUGCUGUUCUGAAACACGGUUAUAUUUUAUCAACUUUUAUGUGCUGAUUGUCUCACAAAUUUUCUGAAAGACCUUGCUAUUUGUUAUUUAUAAAAAGUUAGUAGCAUUUUUAGUUGUUUAUUCAAAAUGUGCAUUCAGGUUAACAUAAGUUAUUCAAAAGGUACAUUCAAGAGAACUUUCUCAAUUGGUGCUGAUGGAUAAAACAGUUUCAUUCACUCUGCCAAGUUAAAAAAAUAAAAUGUAAAAUUUA